AUGCCCCCUCGCAAAUCGAAGGCGAAGGCCUCCGAGGACGAUGGAGAUCAACCUCCGGUGAGGCGAUCUGCGCGGACCCGGCGCUCCGUGGUUCCAGACGAUAUCGAGGAAGCCGAGGCCGAGCCUCCGAAGAAGAGAGCUCGGUCUUCAAGGGCGUUAGCAGCGACUACAAACAAUCAUGAAGGAGAGAAUAGCAGCGAAUGUGGAAAGGACUCGGACAGCGGAGUCAUCGCCGAUACGUGCGUAAAGGACCGAGCUCCCGAAACUCCUACAGAAUCCGAGAACGGAAGAGGACGUAAGGCCUCUGAACACAGAGACACUCCACAUCCUCCUCGUGGAGCCGUCCCGGGCCGUGGCCGCAAGAGGCGGGAAGCUAGCGAACCCGUAGUCGAUGAGCAGGACGAAAUGGAAAACGAGGGCGCGGCUAAGAAGUCAAAACUCGGUGAUUGUCUCGAUGGCAGCCACGACCGGAGAGCGAAGAAGAUUCCUAAUACAGAUGUCUGUGGAGCUCUCCCGGCUUCAACACCGAAACACCUCGACGAGCCUUCCUCGGACGCAAACAGAACACUCGAGAGCGUGUCGAAUGUCAAGCUCGAAAUGCCGCAAAGCGAAGAUACCAUAAACCGGGUCUCGGAUGGGAAGAUGGUGACGCCUACUAGAGCGAAACUUAGUAAUUCCUCUGCCAUGGAUCGGCUCGUCUCGGGGAAGACUCCCCGAAAUGAAUCGAACGUGGCCAAUGGCGAUAAAGACGCAACAAAGUUCAAGCCGCCGUCUGGUAAAUAUGAAGUGAACGGCAAAAUCGGAGAUUUAAGAAAGGACUUGACUGUGGCAUCAGCGGUGCUCGGGGACGACACCGGCCAGGCUUUAGAGUAUAUGAAGGCUCUGCUCGGCAAGCUCGAGAAUCCCGACAUUGUGGCAACGCAAAAAAGCACCUCAGCGGCCCUGCGCGUCGCUGAAUCGUGUGGCUACAAAGUUCACGGUGAUGGGCCCACUCGCUUGCUUGUGAGAGAGAGGGGAUCUGCUGCAACGCCGAGCCGUAUCGAGAUCAAAGAGCCUUUCGAGACUCAAUCGCUGAUUUUGUUGGCACUACAUGAACUUGAGGAAGUCACUUCGAAGCCCAAUAGGAAGAGAGUUGAAGAAUAUCUGAGAGCGUACUGCACGCCAACCGAUGAGUUCACGGUAUUCACCUUGGGCGUCGACGGCAAGAUCACAACGCUUGUCAAUGUACAAAUGGAAAGCAAAAAUUCUGCUGUGUCGUCUCUGCUCAUCGGCUGCCUGAUGCGGAAGCUGGAAUCACGGCCACAUGCUUUUAUCUUGACCGGCUAUAUGCCCUUCGUUAGACCUGGCACCCCCGCGUAUGAACUCCUUAGGGACGGUUACUUUGGAAACCGCUCCAUAGAUGCCCUGCAGAGAAUGAGAGACAUCAAACUCGAUGACGAAGACGAACGCGACAAAGGACUCAUUGAUUUCUUCUGGAGGGCAUAUCAGCACACCCGUCCGUGGAUGCGGAGCGUAUAUGAGACUGUCUUGAAUGAUGAGAGUGUUGUUUCUGUAACGGGCCGGGCUGUCAUCUGGCACUCGACCGAAGGAGUUGAGGCGGUCCGAGUCCUGAAUGACGCUUCUAUUGUCAAAGCAGAUUUAGCUAUCAAGACAUGAACGCAUUACUCUCUACAUGAUCAAGAAGUCGGCGUCACUUAUCAAUAGCCUCGUUCGUCGCUCAUCAAAUUAUCGGGUCACCAACGAUUGUAUGUAGCAUAGCGUCUGUAGUGUUAUGAGGAACCAUCCUUCGAACUUCGGCAGUGCUCGCUUGUCGCGGUCUUCACCGACCGAGGGAAAAUCGUGAUGGAAACGAGCUCAAAUUAGAAAGCUGCCCACCGUCAUCAACUUGAGUGCUCGUCAUCUCUGGACGCCAGGAGAGAACCUCGACGGUGAAAGAAGUCGGGAAACCGAUUCGCAAAGCCCUCCCAAAACCUUCUGUAAACACGUCACGGUAUCAUGUUGAGCAGUCAUAUUGUUGAGCGUUCCUGAAUCGAA